UCAGGUCUUGAGUAUAGACUUACGUAAGUUCUAAAAAUGGGAAGAAUUUUUCUGGAUCAUAUUGGUGGCACUCGCCUGUUCUCCUGUGCAAACUGCGACACGAUUCUGACCAAUCGUUCUGAGCUCAUCUCCACUCGUUUUACAGGGGCCACGGGAAGAGCCUUUCUUUUUAAUAAGGUGGUAAAUCUGCAAUACAGUGAAGUUCAGGAUCGGGUCAUGCUCACUGGCCGCCACAUGGUUCGAGAUGUGAGCUGCAAAAACUGCAACAGCAAACUGGGUUGGAUCUAUGAAUUUGCCACUGAAGACAGCCAGCGCUACAAGGAAGGCCGUGUUAUCCUGGAAAGAGCGUUGGUCCGAGAGAGUGAAGGAUUUGAGGAGCAUGUUCCAUCCGACAAUUCCUGAAGAGACUUGAGUCUCUUUGCAGGUUCUCUUCAACUGAAACUCAAAAAUAAUAAAAUCAACAAAAAAAUCUGCUUACAUACACUGUCACCUUAGCAUCAGAGUCGGAUUCAUGGACUACAGAGUGGGAAAGAUUGUGAGAGUAUUUCAGAUGGAACCUUCCUUUCUUUAUUCCUUUUAUAUUUUACUUUCCCUCCAGCAGCUGUUUGUAGAAAGAAUGUUGUGCAGAUGCUGUAACUUUUUCUCUCUUGCAUUUACAUCUGUUAGAUUUGAGAUUGUAUCUACAGAUACAAUGGGCUAAAAGGAAAAUAUUUGAGGGAUUUGUCUUCUGUUAGAGAGAAAUCAAUGAGGUUUUUUUUAGUUUGCACAAACUGAUGUCAGCAUAAAGUUAUUUUAAAACUACAGAUGUUUUUUAAAAACUAUAUUCCAAUUUUUGGCUUAAGUUUUUAGUUAGUCUUGGUUUUUGGUUUUUUUUUUUUUUUUGACCCGGUCUUUUCACCUGAUUUGCUAGCUAAAGUAAAGAGAUCCGAAUUUGUGCCGAGUGCUAAAGGUUCAGUGUUGGUACAGCUUGGGCUGGCCCUUGUGCCAUAUUCUUGUUGAGGUUGAUUGGUAGCACAGAGCCCAUUAUUUCUUGUCGUUCUUGACCCAAAGAUGUCACCAUUCCUUGUUUAUUUGUGAAGUCCCAUUCACCAUGUAAACUGGUGUUGAUUGGAAACUAUUCUUGAAAUAGGGCAAGACUGCUUGGCUUUUUUUAACUUUAACUGAUGUAACUUAUAAGCAUAGUAAUAAUAUAAAAUAAUAGUUGUCUGUUUAGUCUUGCGUUGCUUACAAAUCAAGCUGUGUUUGUAAUGAUAGGGAUCCACUGAGAAACUACUGUUUCAGUUGUAAUUUUUUUUCAUUUCUCUGCUAAUCUCAUUAAGUAGACAGGGAAUUGCAAAUCUUAAUUCUUCUUCAAGUAGCUUUCCUUAAACCCAGAACUUCCUAUGUUAAACACAGCUGCUGUGUAAAAGGAGAAGAUUGCCAGCAUGUUUGUUCAUGCCUAGAGUUAUGCAAUCUGCAGCUCUUGAAAAGAUUAACUUAAACAGCUUGUUUUCAAAUGCUGCUUCUGGUGUUGAAACCUUUAUCUUUCAACUUUGUUGAACCUUUUCAUUGUGAUGUUACAUUUUUAUCUUUCUGGGCAGCAGUACAUGACAGCCUAGUAGUAACUAGUGACUUGGAUUCCUGCUUUCUUCUUGUAGAGGUCAGCUCUGUUUAAAACAGUGAUCUUGCUUGCCUUUAGCAACAAUGCUCUUCAUUAACUUAACUCAAGGGUGCCCAAACACUUUCAUUGUGUCUUAAGCCAUAAGUUAAGAUCUCAAGGGCUGAAAUUUAUUUGAAUGUUAGAUAUGUAUGAUUUCUUAUCAAAGAUACAAGUUUAUUUUCUUUCUUAUUGGAUUAAUUGUGGUCAACGUGAAAUAAGUUACCCACAGAUGUACAAGGGGAAGCGGGGAAACCCCUCACCCAACCAAACAGAUCUGGGCUCUGACCUUUCAGAAUAACUUUUCUUCACUAGCCACAGCUCCAUAUCUGGAACUAAAAUGUGGGGGGUGACUAUGCAGAGUAUUUAUCUUAAUUUUUUUUUGUUGCCGAGUGGCAAUUUGGACACCCCUGACUUGAAUCUACUGCCUAUUUCAUGUAAAAGUAGCUUUAUUAUAGAAUUGUCACAUAGAAAGAAAAGAGAGUAGAUCACAUACCAGAGCUGUGCUUGAAUCAAGCUGCUUAAACAAUAGUGUACUUGUGCCUCAAAUGAAUCAGUUUUUGCACUGAGUACAGUAGUACCCCAUUAUCUUGUACUUCUGUCCUUCACAGACCCUAAAAGCGCCAUUAGCAUGGUUCUCUGCAGUACUUUUCUUGUACUUCUGACAUUACAGUACAAUAAAGUAUGUUUUGUCCUGAA